UUAGCAGUAAAUAAUUUUGAGAGGCGGUAACCCUGUUAUCUAACCUAAAAUAUAAAAUCAGAUCUCUGAUCGCCCGGCCUAGAAAACUUCAAAUACCAGAAUAAUUUACAAAACCUAUGAUACCGUAAAAUAUUAUCAUAACGUAAACAAGAUAUACUUUUUACUUUGUGCAUUGAUAGAAUGAUGAUUUGUCCAGAUUUUUUAGAAUUUCAGGAUAUUCUGAAAAAAAUGCGUAUUCUUGAUGAUAAAAUAGUUUAUGCUCUCAAUACGUCAAUACCUACAGAAUCAUUCAAAAAUAAAGUGGACGCCACCAGUGCCUGUCAAGAUUUGCAUGCUCAAAUUCAAAAAGGACAUACUGAAAGAGAAAGCGUUAUCAAAAAUUGUAUUUUGGCCACUGCCGAAUCGGUAAAAAACUUGAAAGCUGCAAAGGAAGCAAAUCCUAACGACUUUGAGAUAUUAAAGAAUUUAAAAGCUGAACAAAAAAAGUUGCGUCUCUUACAAACUGAGAUUAGCGUGGAGGAAGUGAUCAGAGAAAAAACUAAUAAGCUCUUCACUGAAAAGUGUAGAAGUUAUUUCAAACCAGAUACCUUAUGAAGACUGAAGACAAACAAUUUGUUACCGAAUUAUUAUGUACAUAAUAAAAUAGUUGUUAGUUUUGUGCAAUA